AUGGCUACCGUGGAAGGCGUCUAUGGUGGCAAACGUUUUAAUUUAAAGAAAUACACAUUUCCCACACAACAGAUUCCACGUUUACACUACCGAGAUCCUGAAGCGGAACGACUUAUUGAGUCGGGGCAACCUGUGGUUUUAACGGACAGUGAACUGGUCGGAUCAGCAUAUCACUGGGACCUGGCCUACUUGUGCUCAAACCUGGGGUCUGGACAGUAUACAGUCUACUCAUCUGAAAAUAAAAAGUUUAAGUAUUAUGAUGAAAAGAAGUUACCACAAAAUAAAGACUUCACUCCACCAACCUCACAUUCAGACAUGACAUUCCAGGAGUUUGCCUCCAAGUUAAAAAAGAAUAACACUAGUGAAUGUUUAUACCUGCAGCAGCCUCUGAAUGACUCAGUCGGCAAACGUGUGGUCAUGGACUUCACCAAUUUUAACUGGUCCUGGGCUAACGAGCAACAGAGGAAAAAUAGAUGGGGGCCCUUAACAUCAAAUCUCCUCUUGGUUGGCAUGGAAGGUGUGAUAACUCCAGCCCACUAUGAUGAGCAGGAGAAUUUGUUUGCUCAGAUUCAAGGUUACAAAAGGUUUCUGUUGUUUGAUCCCAGCCAGUUUGAAUGCCUUUACCCAUACCCAAUAUACCAUCCACAUGACAGACAGAGUCAGGUGGAUUUUGACAACCCUGACUUGGACAAGUUUCCCAUGUUUUCUAAACUGAAAGGCUAUGAAGCAAUAGUAGGCCCUAAAGAUGUACUAUAUCUUCCAAUGUAUUGGUGGCAUCAGGUAGAGUCAUUGCCUGGUUAUGGUGAAACUAUAUCUAUCACUUUCUGGUACAAGGCAGCCCCAACCAUGAAGGUUGUUUACCCGCUGACUGCAGGGCAGAAGGUGGCAAUCAUGAGAAAUAUAGAAAAGAUGAUUGCAGAAGCUUUAAAUGAUAACACAGAGAUGCCCACAUUCAUGAGGACAAUGGUACAGGGAAGAUACACAUAA